AUGCUUGCUUUCCAUCUGCAGCGAGCGCAGCUGGAGCUUUCGUUCCAUCGCGCAUGGCUCACGUCCUUCACUGGGAGAUGUAUACUUCCAACCAGACGAUAUGCCUCUACCGACCUCGACCCUAUCUCGAGGCUCUCCGGCCAGCGAACAUCUCAGAAACCAAAGCGGACAGAGAAAGGCACUGUCAAAGCUGCCGUGAAGCGAAAAGUCAAGCUGCGAAAUCAGGCAUUCGGUGUAUCUCAAGAAGUCUCCAAGCUGCCGGAUGCCGUAGGAGAACUGCUCUCCGCGAUUGAGGACUACAACAUCAAUAGCGUAAUCGCUGCCUACAAAGCCCUACCGGAGUCGAAGCCACUAACUGGCGAUCAAACCCGCGCGCUCGCGCAGUGUGUUCAUGAAUGCAUAAGGAGGGAGUUCUUGUUCAAAGAUGAGAGAGCCAGGCGGAGAGGAGAGGUGGACCGACUUGUUCAGAUGGGGAUGCGGAUGGUUCAGGACAUUCGCAAAGGACGAUUAGAACCAAACGUACCAGCGCAUGUGCAUCUACUGGGGAUGUUCAAGGAGUCCAACAGUCGAGAUGCCGGCAUGGAGUUCUGGCAAUGGCUCGAGACGCAGGACGAAGACUACGUGAACCUCGACUGCUAUGCUGUAGCGAUCGAUAUUCUAGCAGUCAAUGGCGCGCCGCUGGCAGAACUGGAGGAGCUGUACCAGAACGCCUUGGCCCGUUUUCCAGGCACAUUCUCUGCCUAUCACUUGGCACCGAAUGCUAUUAUAUCUGAUCGGGAGCGAGAAAUCAAUAUUCCAGAUCUGCCGAUGCAGCUGCUGCAGUCAAUUAGCCAUGCCCGACUUAUGAGAGGAGAAACAAAGAAAGCAUAUCUGGGACUGGACACUGCGCUCAGGAUAUAUCCGGCCACACUCAACGAGCGCUUUCUCAGGGUCUUCAAGAACGAACGGCCCUUGUCGGAGUUUUACACAAUCUUCGCCAUGUUCUGUCGAGCUGGCAUACCCAUGGCACCUAAUUCCUUCAACGGAAUGCUCUCUCAAAUUCGACUGAACACGGACCAGCAUACGCACAGCCGCAUCACAUUGUUGAGAAUAUUGCUUUCGGCCAUGUACCUGCAGAUCAGCGCAGGUGGUACUAUUCUUUCUAAUGCGGUCGCCGAAGUGAUCAUCGCAGCCACCCAGACUUUGCGUCUUCCCGGCGUUGCCAGCUUGCAGCCGCAGUUCCGUACCAAGAUUGUAGAUGAUAUACUCGACUUCUGCCGGGUCACGAUGGAGGUGUUCGCCCGGUACGGUAUUCUACCGAGCAUCUCAGCGUUCAACUCCAUCAUCACGAAUGUUGCAGGGUACGGCCAAUCGAUUAAGGUUGUCGGUAUCGCUUUGCGUGAUAUGGAGCGCCUUGGUCUGGAACCAAACGAGGUCACAAGACGAUCACUCAUAGUGACUGCUGGGCUGUUGAGGAAUGGUGACUUGCUAUUCAAGUCCUGGCGCGACAUCGGUGAAGCACGCAAAGAAAGAGGCAAACACCCAGAUUUCCUUGAUUUCAAAGUCUUCAUUACAGCUGCAAGACGCAUUGGCAAUGAGGAUAAUGUCCUCACUACGGCUCGCUCAGAAAUUGAGAAAUAUAAAGCUGCUGGGUUGUCUGAUUAUCUUCAGAGAGCGAUUGAUCAGCAGCUUUCCGAGGAUUUCUCAGAAGCUUCGCCGAGCAUGGAUCAAGUCGUCGACGCCGGCCUGUUGUUGAACAACAUCGAACAAGUGAAGAAGGACUUGAUGUUCAUCGCAGAGAAGACGAAGGACAGACCAGAUACACAAGACUUGUUGUAUGAGAGCCCACCGAUGACGUUGCUCGAUUGUUCGCCCUUGAACAUAUCAGACACAGAGAUGAGGAAGAUAUACGACGAGUAUACCACUGAACAAGCGGCCAAGGGACAGACGGAAGAAGAUCAGACGGAAGACUCGAGUUCGACUGAGACGGCUACUUCACCACCGAUGAGCUCCACGGGAAUCCCUUUCGGCCAGUUGCGCUUCGAGAAUUGGAAGACUGUCAAUUACCUUCUCUGGCUUUCUGAAAAGCAUGAUCGCACGUACGGAGAGAUCGUUGAUGAUGCUAUUGGGAAGGGUGUAAGACCUCCGCCGCGACAUGUGGGACUCACAAAAGACGAAAUGGAGGAAGUGCAAACGCGAGGCUUUGGCUUCAGUGAGCCGAAGACUGAUUCGCCCCAGAUAUCCAGUGCAGUGCAAGUUGCAAACGCCAGGGAUAUUAUUGCGCGAUUGCGGACUCUGGAGGCGGAGUGA